AUGAGCCAAAUAUCAAAAUCCUCUAAACCUUCAAAGAAGAUAGAAAGCAACAACAACACCUUCACAUGCUUCGAAUGUGGGAAGCAAGGUCACAUCAAAUCUAAAUGUCUUAUCUACCUUAGAAAACAACUUGCUGAAAAGAAAGGAAAGAAGGACAAAAAACAGAAAAAGGCCUACAUAGCUUGGGAAGACAAUGGAUCCACAUCCUCUGACUCUUCUAGUGAAGAAGAUGUUGCAAAUAUGUGCUUGAUGGUGGAUUCAAUGGAUGACUCUUCAACCAUUGAAGAAACUGAGGUGUGCCUAAAAGUAAGGGACUCAUUAUGGUACUUGAAUAGUGGCUACGCUAGGCACAUGAUGGGUGACAAGUCUAAAAUUACUGACUUUGUGUCAAAGGAAGGAGGAUAUGUCACUUUUGGAGACAACAAUAAGGGAAGAAUUUUGGGAGAAGAAACAUUGGAAAUCAGCACAAGACACAAAUAA